UUAGGCAAAAUCAAAACCAUGGGAUGGAAGAACUUAACAAGACCCUCUGAAUUCAUUCUCCUGGGGAUAUCCUCUAGGCCUGAGGAUCAGAAGCCUCUCUUUGUCUUCUUUCUAAGUAUAGACCUCGUCACUGUGAUGGGAAACCUGGUCAUUAUCUUGACCAUCUAUUCAGAUACUCGCCUACAGACCCCCAUGUAUUUCUUCUUGAGCAUUCUGUCCUUUGUUGAUGUUUGCUACACAACAGUCAUUAUUCCAAAGAUGCUGAUAAACUUCUUAUCAGAAACAAAGACCAUUCCUUAUGGUGAGUGCCUGACCCAGAUGUAUUUCUUCCUGUCUUUUGCUAAUGUAGAUAGUUACAUCCUAGGGGCCAUGGCCACUGACUGCUAUGUGGCCAUAAGCAACCCUUUUCAUUACAUCACCAUCAUGAGCCAUAAACGCUGUAUCCUGCUGCUGGUCAUCUCCUUCUGCAUCCCAUUCCUCCACUCACUACCGCAUGUCUACCUGAUUAAUCAGCUCUACUUCUGUGCUUCCAAUAUUAUCCAUCACUUCCUCUGUGAUGUCAACCCAUUGCUGAAGUUGUCUUGUUCAUCUACAUUUGCCAGAGAAAUAGUGAUAAAGACAGAAGGACUACCUGUCAUAAUGACCCCCUUUUCAUACAUCAUCAUCUUUUAUCUGAGAAUCCUCACCAUUGUUCUGAAGAUCCCUUCAGCUGCUGGGAAGCACAAAGCCUUCUCCACCUGUAGCUCUCAUCUCACAGUGGGGACCCUGUUUUAUGGAAGCAUUAGCUAUGUCUAUUUCCAGCCCUUGUUCAACUAUACUGUCAAGGACUGAAUAGCAACACUCAUCUAUACAAUAUUGACACCGAUGUUGAACCCAUUUAUCUACAGUCUGAGAAACAAAGACAUGAAGCAGGGCUUGGCAAAGCUGAUGGACAGGGUGAAGUCGCAAUAA